ACCCUGCUCUGACUCCGCCCAUUCAAGGAACAGCUAGCGUUGUUUGUGUGUGCAGUUUCUCUACUCUGAAGUUUUGAGAAAUUGUAUCUAAAUCAUGUCUCUGGAAGUCGAAUCCGCCGACGUCAUUCGUCUGAUAAUGCAGUACCUAAAAGAGAACAACCUGCAGCGAACUCUAGCCACUCUACAGGAGGAAACAACGGUUUCUUUGAACACCGUGGACAGUAUUGAGAGUUUCGUGGCAGACAUCAACAGCGGCCAUUGGGACACCGUGCUACAGGCUAUACAAUCCCUAAAGCUUCCCGAUAAGACCUUGAUAGACCUGUAUGAACAGGUGGUGCUGGAGCUUAUUGAGCUGAGAGAGCUGGGAGCAGCCAGGUCUCUACUGAGGCAGACCGACCCCAUGAUCAUGCUCAAGCAGACCCAGCCGGAGAGAUACAUCCACCUGGAGAACCUGCUGGCUCGCUCCUACUUCGACCCCAGGGAGGCCUACCCAGACGGCAGCAGUAAGGAGAAGCGGCGCGUGGCCAUCGCCCAGGCUCUGGCAGGGGAGGUGAGCGUGGUGCCGCCCUCUCGUCUGAUGGCUCUACUGGGACAGUCCCUGAAGUGGCAGCAGCACCAGGGUCUCCUCCCCCCUGGUAUGACCAUUGAUCUGUUCAGGGGCAAGGCUGCUGUGAAGGACGUGGAGGAGGAGCGCUUCCCCACCCAGCUUACCAGGCACAUCAAGUUUGGACAGAAGUCCCACGUGGAGUGUUCCCGCUUCUCCCCUGACGGUCAGUACCUGGUGACCGGGUCAGUGGACGGCUUCAUCGAGGUCUGGAACUUCACCACCGGCAAGAUCCGAAAGGAUCUCAAGUACCAGGCCCAGGAUAACUUCAUGAUGAUGGACGAUGCGGUCCUCUGCAUGUGCUUCAGCAGAGACACAGAGAUGCUGGCUACAGGAGCGCAGGAUGGCAAGAUCAAGGUGUGGAAGAUCCAGAGUGGCCAGUGUCUCAGGAGGUUUGAGAGAGCCCACAGUAAAGGUGUCACCUGCCUCAGCUUCUGCAAGGACAGCAGCCAGCUGCUCAGCGCCUCCUUCGACCAGACCAUCAGGGUCCAUGGACUGAAGUCUGGCAAGUCUCUGAAGGAGUUCAGAGGUCACUCCUCCUUUGUGAACGAGGCCACGUUCACGCCCGACGGACACCACAUCGUCAGCGCCUCCUCCGACGGCACCGUUAAGGUGUGGAACAUGAAGACCACAGAGUGCACCAGCACCUUCAAGUCACUGGGAACCUCGGCCGGCUCUGACAUCACGGUCAACAACGUCAUCCUGCUUCCCAAGAACCCCGAGCACUUUGUCGUGUGUAACCGCUCCAACACGGUGGUCAUCAUGAACAUGCAGGGACAGAUUGUGAGGAGUUUCAGCUCAGGUAAGAGGGAGGGAGGAGACUUUGUGUGCUGCACACUGUCCCCCAGAGGAGAGUGGAUCUACUGUGUCGGAGAGGACUUUGUGCUCUACUGCUUCAGCACAGUCACCGGCAAGCUGGAGAGAACCUUGACGAUUCACGAGAAGGACGUGAUUGGGAUCGCUCACCAUCCUCACCAGAACCUGAUAGCCACCUACAGUGAAGACGGGCUGCUUAAACUCUGGAAGCCUUGAGUGCCGUCGCCAUGCCAACCCCCCAGGAGAAGAUUACCCCUUCUUUUUUAAUACCAACUUCUUCUUUUUUUUGUAAAUAUAUUUUUACAAGCGUUUUCUUGAGAACAUUUGUUUAAACAUCUGGUUGAAUAUAUUGCCUUGUGUGUCUGUUUUGUUUAUUUUAUGGCAAUAAAUGAGGGCUUUAUUUCUUUCUUUUUUUCCGGUAUCCUCAAUAUGAUAUUGGAUAUUUUUGAUAUUCCCAUGUUUGUAUUUGAAGCAUAUAAUUAACUGUCAAUCAGUCCACAUUUGACUGUAUCUGUGUAUUCCUCGUGAUAUCUUGCAUGUGCUACUAAACAUAUUUGACCAGUUGA